AUGGGUAAUUCGCAGUCAUCCAGCCUGAGCGCAAAUAACAACCCACAACAUGUCCUUCAAGUUAAAGGUUCGCGUUCAGGAACUGCUUCCCCGGUGCCAGGCGAAUCUAAAUCGUUCAGGUCGAAUCGAAAGAAGUCCAUCGACCUACCCGACCUACAGGAUAAUCCGUACAAAGACAGAUCUUCCGCUGGGAUGAAAACUGCACCUCUUCCGAUCCCCGUUUGUGACGAGCGUGUUACACGAAAGGUCAAUCAGGCGGAUUAUGCGGUCCAGUCUUCGAUGCAUAUGGAACAUUUCAACAAGAAUAGAGGUAGUGGCGCUGGACUAGUACAGCCAACAGCACCCAUAAGAGGUCGUCCUCUAAAAGGGCAAGGUGCUGAACCACCAUCGAGAGUAUCCAGUCGCGGUCGAGGAUCGCAGUAUAUGCAUUACAUCCCUUCCAAUCUUUCCAGCUCUACAUUUCAGCGUCCAGGCGCUCCUCCACCAUCGCGAAAUCAAUCACCUGCACCACCGCCUGUGGAUGCGAAUGCGACGCCGACCUCUUCAGAGGGAACGUCGGGGAGUGAUCCUCUUGGAGAUGAAACGUCCCAGGAAAUCAUUGUACAAUCUUCAAUAUCGUUGGGAUUCUAUUCUAACGAUGAUCCCCUCGCUGCUGUUGUGGAAGGGCCGGGUAGUGAUGGGGAUGCACAUGUCAUGUUUCAAGAAUUGGACGUUGUACAAGGUGUGAAUGGUGAUGAGGUUGUGGUCAAGAUAUCAUGGCAUGGAGAUGGGCAGACCGUUUUUGUGGUUUUCGAGAGCGACAAUACAUGGGACGGUAGGAAGCGAAUGGACCUCGAGACCCCACAACCGCCUGGAUUACUCACCUCUUCCUCCUCCCCAUCGACAUCUGCACCAACCUCCCCGCCUACAGAAGUACCGCUCCGCAAUACCAACGUUUUUAGUACGACUUUAUCGCUCAGACCCGACACGCACCACCUUCGUUUCCUUGUUGAUGAUGAAUGGCGUAUUGCAGACAAUCUGCCCACUGCCGUUGACAGCACGGGUGCGUUAGCUAAUUAUCUGACCGUUGGAACGCUUCCAGCUCGGUCAGAAGCCAGCAGCACCCGUACGAUACAUAGCAUACCGAUGAAACUUGGGCUGCUUGCAAGGGCCAUCGUUUCCCCUGUCACUGCUAUUAACAGCACGAAUCCUGGCACGACACCACACGUCCAAACCGUUUCACCUACUCCCAGUUCUCUCCCACUACUGCAAGGCAUUCAUGUAUCUCCUGCACAUCGGCAUCUUUCAUUGGGUACAGGUAAUACCCACACUCAUCCAGCUGCAGCCAACCUUGGACGAAUGAGUCACCCCAACAAGCCAGGCAUGGGGUUGGGCUAUUCGUUCUGGAGUGCUAGCUCCAGUAACGAUAUGGAGGCUGUAGAAGUUGUUGAAGAGAAAGCUGCCGAUCAAGGGCGGAGGCGGCGUUCUCCACCACCACCGAUGCAGAUCCCUAUAGGAAAGGUCCAAUAUACGCCUCAGUGGACGACCGAGAUACCUCUUGAACUUACGGAGGCUGCACAAGAGGAAGAAAAGUUCUUAGAACACCAAACUCAGGCUCGAAACCAAAUGCAAAAUCGAGGACAACAUCAAACUCAGCAUGUGAGCGGUUUCAUACCCUUACCCAACAUACCUCCCGCUCCCAAGCUUCCACGACACCUAGAGAAGCUCAUCCUCAAUUCCACGGGAGCUCAUCCUCGUUCCGCUGGUGGCGGGACUUCUGGUCACGGAGAUAAAGAGAGGGAUGGGAGGAGAAGGGACAAAGACAGACUGAAAGAGAAGGAAAAGGAAAAGGAGAAAGAGAAAGAGAAGGAAAGACGUUCCGCCGCUGCGACCCCCAUCUCCAGCAACAACUCGUCUGCAACACCGCUACCAGUCACUACUGCCAGUGGUACGAACAUAAAUGCGCAUGGUGCACAUCGGACCCACCAAAGACCCAACCAUCCUGCCUCAGAUCGUGAUGCACCUCCCCCUCCUUCUGCUGGACACCCACCGGUCACUGCUGUCACAGCUGCGGCGAUGUCGACGGCAACUGGACCCAUUCAGCGUAUAUCUACUAGUGAGGAUGAUACUGCGUUGAUUGCUGACGACUGCAGUGUUCUGCCGGUACCCAGUCAUGUCGUUUUGCAUCAUUUAACCACAAGUGCCAUUAAGAAUGGCGUUUUAGCCGUGGCCCAGUCAGGAAGGUAUCACAAGAAGUUCGUAACUACGAUCUAUUACAAGCCGACAUGA